AUGGUACUCGUGACGCAGGUAUCGCCCGGGAGCGUCGCGGCGCGAGGGUGUGAUGCUUGCGGCGCGCCGCGGCGGGCGCUGGCGCCGCAAGUAAUGACCAUGCGAGGCCCGCGCCUCUCUACGCACGCCGCACCGCACGUCGAAUCGCACGCCGCACCGCACGCCGCACAACACGCCGCACCGAACGCCGCAACGAACGCCGCACCGCACGUCCUACACCACGCCGCACAUGCCGCUGUACGCGUUACCGUACACAUCGUCGCAUACGUUGCCCUGGUCUUGGUCGUCGUACUCGGUGAACACGUAGCACUAGCUGACAACGGGCUCAUCAAGGGCCAGCGUGCGCCCUGCUCCAACGAAGGUGAGGCAGUUCGUCUCCAGGACUCCAGACUAGAGCAAGAUUGGAGUAGCUGCUUCCGUUGCAUCUGCAAGAACGGGUUCGUGGAGUGCCGCAGCGGCGUCGACGAGUGUGGCCCCAUGGACGACUGCGCAGUGGUGAUGCCGCGCGAGGGCUGCUGCGCGCGUUGCAAGGGCUGCUGGUACAACGGCACGGAGCACCUCUCCCACACGGAGUGGGGCGAGGCGGGCCGGCUGCUCCGCUGCGAGGCCGGCGUGGUCACCAUUUCGCGGCCAGAGUGCUACGCGCCCUGCGACCGGCCGCGCCACCAGCGUCACACGCACCACAACUGUCCGGUUUGUGACGAGUGCGUGAUCAAUGGGCAGCGCGUGGGGGAGGGGCGCGACGUUCGCGUGCCCGAGGAGCCUUGCUUGUCCUGCAGGUGUGUGCGCGGCACGCUUUCAUGCGCCAAACGCGCGUGCCCAGUACUGCCCUGCCCUAGGGCGCACCAGCACACACCGCCCGGGGAGUGCUGCCCCCGCUGCUCGCACCCCACUGCUGACAAGAUUCUGCCGAUUUCAGGUAGUUCGCUUCCGAAGCCCUGCAUAAUAGGUAAAGAAUACCAUGCCCACCACAGCCGGUUCCAGGUGGACCCAUGUACGGACUGUACGUGUAUGAACGGGACGACGGUGUGUACGCGUCACACUUGUCCAGUUCUGACGUGUGGCGCCCGGGCUUUGCCUCCUCCUCCGGGCAAAUGUUGCACCGAAUGUCCACACGUUGAAGAGGCUAAAGCUGCGUGUGUUGUAGGAGGAGUAACCUACCAGGACGGGGAAACCUGGCAACUGGAUGCAUGCAAAUCGUGCGAAUGCCAUGGUGGUGAACCACGAUGUGCUAUGGAGCGGUGCCCUCCAUUGUCAUGUCCUUCGGAUCAAAACCUACGGCAGCUCCCCGGUCAAUGUUGUCCGAAAUGUGUGGACAUCGACGGUAUCUGCACUGUGUUCGGCGAUCCCCACUAUAAGACUUUCGACGGGAAAUUUUAUAGUUUCCAGGGAUCGUGCAAAUACCAGUUAGUGUCUGAUUGUGCGAAUCAUACAUUCUCGAUAAGGAUUUCGAACGACGCAAGAAAUACUACACAUUCCUCGUGGACGCGCACAGCGACUCUGCGCAUUGGUUCCACAAAAGUGAACAUGGGUCGGAAGAUGCGUGUGAAAGUGAACGGGCGCAGGGUGACUCUGCCGCACAAAAUAAACAAAGUGGCCGAUAUCGCGCGAACCAAUGGCUCCGUCCUAUUAAGGUCGGACAUCGGGGUUCAGCUGUUGUGGGACGGUGACGGAUUCUUGGAGGUGACCGUGUCCAGUGUCUACAGGGGUAAACUGUGCGGCCUGUGCGGCAACUUCAACUCGGUGGCGAGGGACGAUAUGAGGACCCGCGACGGGAGGGUGUUGAACGACGCGUGGCGGUUCGGCUCCUCGUGGCGGGUGGGCGGCCGGCGCGCUUGCUCGCGCCCGCUCGAGCGGCCGGGCGUGAGCUCGCGCUGCCGGCCACACAGGCUGGCGAAGGCGCGCCGGCUGUGCCGCGGCUUCGACAGGUACGAGGCGUUCGCGGACUGCGGCGGCAGGGUCAACCCGCACAACUACCGCGAGGCGUGCGUGCUGGACGCGUGCAGCUGCUCGGGCAAGCGGUGCCACUGCGCGGCGUACAGGGCGUACGCGCGCGAGUGCACGCGCCUGGGCGCCGAGCCGGGCGGAUGGGCGCGCGCCGCCUGGUGCGAGGGCCCGCCGCCGCCGUGGCUCGGCCGCGCGCGCAAGUCGCCGCCCGCCCCCGAGCCCGCCAGGCGGGCGCGCCUCGACCCGGCGGCGUCAAUUCCGCCGGCGCGGCGAGUUAGAGUAUUA